GGCGGCCCGGGCAGGGCCGGGAGCCGCCGGGAGCCACCGGAGCCACCGGAGCCGCCGCCCGCCAUGGAGCCCAACAGCCCCCGCAAGAUCCAGUUCACGGUGCCGCUACUGGAGCCGCACCUCGACCCGGAGGCGGCCGAGCAGAUCCGGAGGCGCCGACCAACUCCCGCCAACCUGGUCCUGAGCAGUGACCAGUCGUCCCCAGAAAUCGAUGAGGACCGGCUGCCCAACCCCCUGCUGAAGUCGGGUCUGGCCAUGUCACCCAGGCAGAGGAAGAAGGUUUCCCGCACCACCCCAACCAUGAAAGAGCUGCAGAUGAUGGUGGAGCAUCACCUGUGCAAGCAGGCGCAGGGUGAGGAGGAGGAGGAGGAGGAAGAAGAGGCUGCCGCCGGCCAGGAGCGUGGCCCCGGCCACUGCCACCACGGUGACAUCGAGCACAGCCACAGUCCUGGUGGCACUUGCCCGCUGGCCACGCACGAGGGUGGCCCCGGCCCUGGCAAGCCGCCCGCAGGGACCCACGGGGACGGGCGGCAAAGCCUGGCCAAGGAGGGCACCCAUAUAGCACCGAAGGAAGGUGCUGGGAAGGGUGCUGCCAGCAGCCAGUAGGUGCCAGCGGGAGCGAGGCCGUGGCCGGGCGAGCCCGACACCGCGUUAUUUUUUUUAUCUGAUCAUUUUUUCUAAGAUUUUAACGGCUGCUUUGGGGCUUCCAGAGGAUUUUUUUGGUAUUUUUGUUUUUUGGUUUUUUUUUUUUUUUUACUGCCUCGGGCAGGUCCCCACCCCCGUCCCCCCGUUCCCGGUUUGGGGGGGGGGGGUUUUGGGGACAACGGCAAGCCGGGCUGCCCACCCUGUCCCCUAACCCCCCUCACCCCCCCCCCCCAUUCCCCAGGUCCCCAGUGUGGGGGACACUGGGGACACAGCUU